AUGCACGCCAGCAUUAUUGAGCCACGAGGCCCACGACCAGCAGACAUCACGAUGAACGACAUGCCCAAUGAGUUACUUCGCGAAACAUUCAUGUGGAUCAAUUUCUACGUCAACGAGACCAUGUGGACACCCGAAUACGACAGACAUCGCCGCAACUCAGAACGUGUGAAAACUUUGUGCAGUCUUUGUCUGACAUCGAAAAGAUUCCGUGAGGUAGCAGAGCCGCUGCUAUACCAUACCUUCGUCACUGCAGACAUGGACACGACCCUGCCCGCCUUUCUACGAAGAGUGAUUGAGCAGCCACGCUUCGCACUUGAGUUGAGAUAUCUGGACAUAGGAAUCCUACAAGGGGAGGAGUUAUCGGGAGAUUCCCAGCCGCCACUUUCCAAGGACGAUUUUGCCGUACUAAAAGCCGCAGCGGAGAAGAUCGAUUACCCUAGAAAGGGAGCUUGGAUAGAGGCACUCAGCAAGGGCCUUGCCGACGCGGAACUGGCGUUAUUGCUUGUCCACACACCUAACGUAGAGCGCAUCAACAUGGAGAUCGGGUACCAAAAUGAAGAAGAACUGUACACCUGGGCGAUGAUCCAACAAGCUGAUCCCACCGUGACCAAUCCGACGGUUCAUGGUUUCUCCGCUCUUAAAAGUAUUAGCGUGGCACAUGGCGACACCGAGAACGGUCUUGAACUGGGUUUCUUGAUCGAUUUCAUGCGCCUCUCCUCCUUGCGCGAGAUCGUAGGCAACGCUUGCUCAUGGUCCUUCGAUGACGGAACUUACAACCAGCCUCCACCUCCACAGUGGCCACGGGAUAUCUCCAACGUCGAAAACAUGUCCUUCACAUUUUCCGACUUCAGCGAUGCGGCACUCGCAAACCUUAUCGGCGCCUGCAAGGCUUUGAAGACGUUCGAGUGUCACUGGGGUGACGCCGUCGUCGGAACCACUGAGUUCCAACUUCCUGGCUUGGGUCGGGCGCUGAUGCUUCAGAAGGACUCUUUGCGGACGCUUCUGCUAGAUGUUAGCGAGUGUUAUGCAGUGAUAUACGGAAACAUGCCAUGCCCCGUGGGAAUGGGCUCGUUGAGGGAUCUCCGCACGUUGACAAAGCUCGAGAUAUCGGUGGUGCUCUUAACCGGCAAGGAAGAUAUGAGCGCCGAAGGAGAACUGAAACGCGUGAACCUUGCCAAGAUUCUCCCACCUUCUCUUGAAGAGCUGAUCCUGCUUGAUCCAGUUGGCUACGACGACUUCUCGCCUUUCAUGGACGAUCUUUGCAUGGGCGUCGAUGAAUACUUGCCUGCUCUCAGAUUGAUAGAUACUAAGCAGCUGCUGAGGCUGCCAGAAUUCAUGCGCGACAAGUGGCAGGCUCAUUUCCAAGAUACUAAGGUCGAUUUUGCUUUCGGGAACAAGGACUAA